AUGGACCUGCACCUGGUUCACCAGCUCAUGGAACUCCUCUUCCGGAACAGAAGACUACUCUAUGCCGCGACGGCAUGGAAUCCAGCUCUGGUAGCGCAUCGGAUUCCGAGUAUGGUUCGGAUCUCUGAACAGGAAGUGUCUGGAUGCCCAGGAGAAACCGGUCCUCACUCGUACCGUCUUAUGAACACCAUCCGCGACGUGGCUGUCUUCGCGUGGGGAAUUGUGGCAUCAACCCAGUACAAAUGCGGAACCCCAACUGGUGAUGCUCGGCCAGACGAUGAGAUGGAUCUUGAUGAUUCACGCUAG